CCCUCAAGGGUCUCAUGCCCUGGGCUUACAGGCCAGGACUGGGACAGGUGGGCACACACAAGCAGGUUGGGGGCACCAGCGCUGCCUUACUCCCCGUGAAAGUGGGGACCUGUGGAUAAGAACCAUGGAAGUCUUCCACCCAUGGGUGCCCCGGAAAAGGGGGGGCUGCGUUCUCCCCUCUGCAGGGUCAGGACAAGGCCCCCAUCCCUGGCAACCCUCAGCUGUGCCCAGGCUCGCCCUGGCUAGCAUCACCCAAUGGGAUGCGCUGAGUCAGCAGGAGUCAGUGCCUGGUUCUGUCCUCAGAGAGCCCCCAGCCUGGGUUGGGGGUGAUUGGGGCCCCAGCCCCUCCUGGCUUAUAGAGCUGUUGGCACCAGCACGAAUGCAUCGACCUCUGCCAUGGUUGCCAGGACUCUGAAGGUGGUGAACAGGGCCUGUGCCCACAUCGGGGCAGGAGAAUGGAGCUGGAACCAGCCAAGGUCUUACCACCAGCCCCUUCCUCACCAGGACAGGGUGACCCUGCCAAGCCAAACGCCAGCUUGGCAGUCCCAGCCCUGCCACGACGCUGCCAGGGAGGCCAGGGCGCUGCCGGGCUGGUAUGUGCCCAGGCUGCAGCAGGAUCCGGACGGUUCGGAGACGUGGGCGCAGGGUGGAGGUCGCUGCCCUGCCAGGGCUGGGGAGGGGGAGAGAGGCUCCUGCUGCACCACCUGGCUUGGGUGGGCACCUGCAGAUGUGUGUGUGUGUGCAGAUGUGUGUGCGUGUGCCUGGACGUGUGUGUGUGUCCGUGCACAUAUGUGUGCCUGCAGAGGUGCCAGCUCCGCCCUGGCCCGGCCGCUUGCGCUGUUUGCACAGCCGUGAGCUGCUGCCGCUGCCUGCCCUUGCAGCUCCCCAGCCUGGGCCCCCUCCCCUGCCUCAAUGGCCAGCAGAGUCCCCCCCCCCUGUGCCCCCUGCCCUCACCAACCGCCCCCUGCCAGCACGUGCCGGCGCAGGAGGCAUCGUGCAGGAAGGGCCCCCACCGGGGUGUCAAUGCCAAUCAGCACCAGGGCAGUGAGGCGGGUGCCUGGGGUGAGGGGCUUUGUGCCCCGGGCCGGCGUUGCUUGGACCCCCCCCACCGGCCACAGCGGCCGAGCUCAUUCAGCUCCAGUGGUCUGCAGCUAAUCCAUGCUGAUGCCUGCUUGUGCGGAGCGGGAGGGAGCCUGGCAGUUGUUUUGGCAAAGGCUUGGCUCUGCCAGACCACAGGGCAGCGAGGUGCCCCUCCUGGGCGGGGGGGGGAGGGGGGCAGAGGCACUCGUGGUGCUUGCUCUCCAGUUUGCCCUGCCCGGCAGGUUCCUGCGGGACGACUACACCGUCCAGGUGGCCAUCAAUGACUACCUGGACAUCUACUGCCCACACUACGAGGGCACUGUGCCUGCCAGCCGAGUAGAGACCUUCACCCUCUUCAUGGUGGACCAGGAGGGCUACCGCGGCUGCUACGAGACCCCCGGAGCCUUCAAACGCUGGGAGUGCAACCGGCCCUGGGCACCGUUUGGGCCCAUCCGUUUCUCCGAGAAGAUCCAACGCUUCACCCCCUUCCCUCUUGGCUUCGAGUUCCAGCCGGGGGAGACCUACUACUACUUCUCUGUCCCCAGCCCUGAGAGCGCCGGGCGCUGCCUGAAGCUGCGAGUCUCCGUCUGCUGCAGAGACGCGACACCGGAGCCGUUGACAGAGGUUCCCAAUUCGCAGCCCCACGGGCAUGGGAGGCCAGAGGAUGCAGUGUCCGCCCGGGGCGUCGUGGCCCCGCUGCAGCCCCACACCCCCUGCCUGGCACUCAUGCUCCUGGCCCUGCUCUGGAUGUGACCCUCGGCGCUGCCCACGGCAGGGAGACGGGCUCCUCUGCCUUACUGCCCACUUCCAGACUCUUCAUCCACUGCCAUCCCCCUGCCACAAGCCUGUGGGGCAGCCCUGGGCCAUGACUCACCCGCCAGACCUCUACGAAGCUGAGCUGGGGCCAGGAGCUCUGGGCUGGAAGGGCUCUCUCCCUCUCAGGGACUUGGCUUCCCUCUGGCAUCACCACGCGUGGGUCCCACUGGCUGCCUUGCCCUGGCGCUGGGCACUCCACAGCUCAGCAGACGCCUGCGCUGCCCCAGGGCCAUCGCCUCAUCUAGUGCCUUCCCCUAUGGAAUCCCCACCCCGGGGGGCCGGGGACCCCCCCAGGCCCUGGAGCAGGGCUGCCGGAUGGAGGCAGGCGCCUGGCCCCUCCGCUGCCUUGUCCUCCGGCGAGGACACACCGAUCUGUCUUCUGGGAAGACGCUCCUACGGUUUGGUUUUAACCCCUGGUAGUGACUGAGCCGAGCAAUACAGUGUUUGCAAGAUCA